CACAACUACCACGUGUUCAAGUGCCAGUGCCUUACACAUGGCCUCACACUCAGCAGGCGGCUGGUGAUCUGUGCGCAUGUUUAUUGGGCUCAUAAGAGGCUGUUUUGUAAGGACAACUCCAUGAAUGCGAUCCAUUGAACCCGAGACACAUUUUGAGGUCCGGUCAUGGCAGGCAGCAGAGGUCGAGGCAGGAGCCAGUUUAGCUUCAGUGUGGACGCGCUGGGGUUUGGGAGAGGGGACUCCUUACCCUCUUCUGCACAUACACCUUCUCCUCUUUUUCCUCCUAUGCAGUUUAGGCCAGUACCUCUGCAUACAGGAGAAGAGGUGGACUACAUGCUCGCUCUUAAGCAGGAGCUGAGAGCCUCCAGCAAGAACCUGCCGUUCCACAUAAAAGCAGCCAGAACAAAGACAGAUGUGGCUCAUUACUCUGAUAAAUAUCAAAAUGGAGAGACGAAGAACAACUGCAUUGAAUGGAGUCCAGACUGGAGCCGAAUGCCAAAAGAGCUUUGCAUUAAAGUACGGAAACCACGGAAAACAGUCAUAGGUGCCAAGCCACAACUCACACGAAAACCAAAAGUAGCUGCUGGUAAAGAAGAGGUUCUCCAAAAACUAGAGACACUUGAGAAAAGAGAAGAAGAGCAGCAUUCUGAGGAAGAGGAGGAUGAAGAGAAGAAGAAACAGAAUGAGGAGGAGCCAGAUGCGGAUGAAGACUAUGAUGAAGAGGACCUUGAAGAUGAGACAGACUACAUCAUGUCUUACUUUGACAACGGAGAGGAUUUCGGAGCAGACAGUGAUGACAAUAUGGAUGAAGCUGUCUACUAAUGGGUUUUAAGAGGCAUUUUAUUUAAAGCUCUUCCCACUGAAUGUGUCUAUGAGUGAGACUGAAAGUAUAUAUUUCAAGAAGAAGUGUCUUAAUUCAUGUGCCAUCUUGACACAUGCUGAAUCUGAUUGUGACUGACUAAUGUUGUUAAGAUCCAGAGAGUCAGUGCUGCUACUAAAGAUGCUGUUCUGGCAUUUCUAAGCUGCUUCACAUAAACAGAUACUGCUGCUAUUCCAACAGUGCUGGGAUGUUACUCAAAGAUAGUCUGCUUUUAAUUUCUGUUUUAUUACUGUAAUUGGAAAGCUCUAUUUAAAAAGGCAGUGCACAGAAGCCAUCAUUCCUUUUUGUCAGACAGGGGAGGACAAUACAGACCUGCAUAUUUAAUGCAUCUCAUGUUUACACCUGAUAAUGCCUUGAAUUGUGAAUUACACCUGUAAGAGUGACUUCAUCUGUUUUAAGCUUUGUGUGUGUGUGUGUGUGUGUGUGUGUGUGUGAUAGAGUGUGUGUACUGGUUUAU